GUCAUUUAGUUUGACUGACAGCUGUUUUUGUUUGUUUAUUUUCAAUCAAAGUGAAUUUGCGACAAAUCAAAAUAAUUUGUACUUACGGCAGUUUUCAAAAUGAAAUCUAUUGAUUUAUAACAUUAAUACAAGGUUAAGGUUCUUAUGGCAUACUUAUUCGUCUGUAUUAGUACAUGCAUUGUUUUAUAAAAUGGAGAGACGCAAAGCCAGCCCGGAGCAGCUAAAUAUGUUGUUACAUUUUUUGGAAGAAGAUAAAGAACUAGCUAUUGGUAAAUUUACGGGUUUGGAGGGAAGAAUUCGUCAGACCAAUGCUUGGAUAAAAAUUACUGAAAAGUUAAAUGCCAAUUCUGGAUUUGGUUCCGGCGCUAUAAAAACCCCCGAUAAAUGGCAACAGACUUGGCGUGACUGGAAAUCAAAUGUUAAGAAGAAAGCAUUUAAAAUUCGUAAAAGUCGCUUCACUCCUGGUUGCAAUACAAACACUCAAUUAACAGAGGCUGAAGAAAAGAUAUUGAGGCUCAUAUGCACCAACACAUCAGUCUUUGGACUUGCUGGAGUUCCUGAGACUUCUGCAUUACCUGACAACACUAUUAUACCUUCACAUUCACAAGCCAACUCUAGUGAAGUUUUAUGUAAUGAUGACCCAAGUACUAGCACUAUGAAAUGGCCGACUGAACCACAGCAUUAUACACCAGCUGAUAUAGAUCUCAAUUUAGGGGAUGGAGUACCAACUGAUACUGACACAAGCAUGGGACCUAAUGAAGUUUUGUCUGCACCAGUUACAUCAAAACCUAUUUGGAAGAGGGGAAGACCAGUCAGACUUGUUCAUGACAGACUUUUAAGUUUGGAAGAAGAAAGGAUAAGAAUUGAGAAACAGAAACUCUUGGAAAAGAAAAGAUGUAAUAAUAUAAGAUUAAAAAUGGAAAGAGAUAGACUUGAAAUUGAAAGACAAAGAAACCUUAUAUUAGAAAAAAUUUUGAUUGCUGUUGAAAAUGUGGCACAUCGUUAACUUAUGAUAAUUUAUAAAGAAACUAGUAUCGUUAAGCAUAUUGUUAGUUGUAAGUAUGUGAUAUUACAAAAUUAAAAUAUAUUUUCUGAUAUUUAUUCUUGCUUUCUGUUACUAUUGUACUUGUGUUCUAAAAACUCGAUCAUGCUCCAAUGUUCCAAACUAUAAAUACCUAGACUAUUAUGUAAGUUGGUGGGACUGAAAACCACAAAUUUUAAUGAUUUUAUUAAAUACCAAUUCUAAAAAUCUAGCAAGUGAUUAUUAUGGAACUUUAUAAAAAUAAAA